AUGCGACGACUGCUAGCUGUACUUGUUGUCGCGUUCCCGCUGACGUCCGCUGGAAAAACACCUUUUUUUGAUCUCACACGUUAUAAUGACUUCCCAGAAUUCGAGAACUAUAUUCGAGGUGUGGCCAGAAUGAAUCCGGAUCUCACAAGCUUACGUCUGAUCGGUUUCAGUCGCGAGCACCGUCCCCUGUUGGGCUUGAAGAUUGGUCAUCGUACAAAUUACACGAAACCAGCCGUAUGGCUUGAUGGUGGUAAUCAUGCACGUGAAUGGCCAGCAUUUCACGUUGCAGUCUAUUUUAUCGAAGAGCUUGUUCAUAACUAUGGCGUUGAUGAAAAGGUCACCUCAUAUCUCGACUUAUUGGAUAUUUACAUUUUUCCUGUGCUUAAUCCAGAUGGUUUCAUAUUUUCACGUACCUCAAAGAAAUCUGUGAUUCGUCAAUGGCGUAAAAAUCGUGCGCCAACGAAUUGUUCUGGUUGGACAGCUUUAGUGAAGAAUAUCUGUUGUGAAGGAGUGGAUUUGAAUAGGAACUAUGAUUUAGGAUUUUCUCAACUAAACUAUCCUUUCAAUAAUCCAUGUUCAGACGAAUUUCAAGGACCUUUUCCGUUUAGCGAACCGGAAUCGAGAGCAGUACGUGACUUUGUACUGUCACGUGAGAUCUACGGACGAUUGCAUGCGUUGGUUUCUAUGCAUACUCAUGGACAACUAUGGAUUCUCCCCUAUAAUCAUCAUAAACGUACUUAUCCGGAAGAUUUUAGAGAACUUGAACGUCUUGCAGCAAAAGCCGCUGAUAAGGUGUACUCUUAUCGAGAAACCAAGUACCGUAUCGGAACCGCAGCGGAUAUGUUAGGAACGGCAACCGGUGGUGCAACCGAUUGGAUAAAAAAGAAUACGCCAACAAAAUAUGUGUACGUAUUGGAACUUCCACCAGAUAUGUCCACUUGGUUUGCAUUCCAAAUCAAACCGCAUUGGCUCAUUCCAAUUGGCAAAGAAACAUGGAUGGGUAUAAAGGUGAUUCUCGAUCAAGUGAUCGAAGAAACUAUAAAUGAACCGAGACGGCGCGCUGCCGUCGCUGCUGCUGCGGCCGCUGCAGCUGUCCGGCUUGUACACUAG